UCAACGUUUAGCAUCAUUGUUUAGCAGGAAGGUAGUACUAGUUCGUUAAUUCUCGUGUGGAGUCAAGGGCGUUGGCCAUGACGAACGGGUACCUGUUCCGGGAGUACAUCGGCGCGCAGUUCACGGGCGUGAAGUUCUCCGACGUGCCCGUGAACGCGGGCCUGAGCUUCAACUUCAUCCUCUCCUUCGCCAUCGACUACACGCCGGUGGCGCAGCAGACCACCCCGACCCCGACCAACGGCGUGUUCAACGCGUUCUGGGACACGGCCAACCUGUCCCGCGCCUCCGUGGCGGCCAUCAAGGCCGCCCAACCCAACGUGAGCGUCAUGGUGGGGCUGGGCGGCGACAGCGUGCAGGACAUCGUCAAGGUCUCCUUCACCCCGUCCUCCAUCGACUCCUGGGUGUCCAAUGCCGUCACCUCCCUCUCCGCCAUGAUCAACGAGUACGGGCUCGACGGCGUGGACGUCGACUACGAGCGCUUCGCCAGCGGCGUCAGCGUCGAAACCUUCGUGGAGUGCAUCGGCCGCCUGCUCACGCAGCUCAAGGCCCGCUUCCCCAGGAUCACCACCUCCGUCGCGCCCUUUGAGGACACCGAAGUGCAGAGGUACUACCAGCCGCUCUGGCGCAAGUACUCGGGCGUCAUCGACUUCAUCAACUUCCAGUUCUACGGCUACGGGGACAACACCGACGUGGCGACGUACGUGAUGUUCUACGACCUGCAGCUCAGCAACUACCCAGGCUCCGGAUCCAAGCUGCUCGCCAGCUUCAAGACCGGCGACGUCACCGGGUUGCUCUCGCCGGAGCAAGGAAUUAGUGCUGCCAUGGAGCUGCAGCGGCAGGGCAAGCUGCCCGGGCUCUUCAUCUGGUCAGCGGACAGCUCCAAGGCGGCCCCUUAUAAGUUUGACUAUGAGACCAGGGCGCAGCAGAUCGUCGCCAACCAUUGAUGUAUCUCAAAUCUCAAUGGACAGGCGUGGACGGGGGUCGACUAUGGUACUGGGCUUGCUAAUAAGCGCGCUUGCCGUUGCGCGCAUGGGUUUCCUUUUCUUACGGGAGCCGUAUACGUACGUACUACGUGUUUUCAGAUUUCUGCACGAUCGAGCACGUGGUCUGUUUCCCAAAUAAAUAAAACGUUAAUCAUUUCGAUAACGCAA